GCGGGGAGCGCCCCCCCGCGCCCCCCCGGCAGGAAGCGCCGCCCCCGCCCCGGGACACUCACCGGAGCGGUCCCGCGGCCGCCCCGGGGCGACAGAGGGCGGUACCGGAGCCCACCGGCGCGGUCCCGGGGCUCAGGGGUCCCGUCGCAGCGCCCGGAAGCGGCUCCCCCUCCCCCCCCCGUGGGUGGGUCCCCCCGCCCCGCCCCGCCCCGCCCCUUCCUGCGGGAGGAGCGAGCCCCGCCCCGCCCCGCCCCGCCCGGGACACGGCGCCCAGCGCGCCCCGGACGCCAAACCGGGACCCCUGGGACCCCGGGUCCCUCAAACUGGGGACCCCCAAACCCCCCCGUCCCUCAAACCCAGGACCCCUGGGACCCUUAAACCCGGGACCCCCGAGACCUCCAAACCAGGGACCCCUGAGACCCCAGGACCCUCAAACCCGGGACCCCCGAGACCUCCAAACCAGGGACCCCUGACACCCCAGGACCCUCAAACCCGGGACAUCUGGGACCCCCAAGAUGCCGGUACCCCCAAACCCAGGACCCUUAAACCAAGGACCCCUGGGACUCUGAGACCCCAGGACCCCCAAAUCUCCAGGACCCUCAGGACCCCCAACACUCCUCAGGUCACUCAUAGCUGGUAUCCUCAAACCCGGGACCCCCAAACCCGGGACCCCCAAACCCUUGGGACCCUCAAACCCAGGACCCCCAAACCUAGGACCCCGGUCCCUCAAACUGGGGACCCCCAAACCCUUGGGACCCUCAAACCCAGGACCCCCAAUGUCCUGGGACCUGCAGGACCCCUGACACCUCAGGUCCCUCAAACCUGGGACCCCCAAACACUUGGGACCCUCAAACCUGGGACCAUCAAACCCCAGGACCUUUGAAACCCAGGACCUUCAGGCCCCUGGGACCCCCCCAGACCCCUGAGACCCCCCCCAAACAUGUGGCCCCUGGCACCCUGGGACCCCCAAGCCCCUGGGACCCCAGGACGCCUGGCCCAUGACACCCUGGGACCCCCAAUUCCCAUGCCCCAAACUCGUGUGCCCCCAGACCCCUGCAGCCCCCCCAUCCUGGGGCAGGCCGUGGGGUGACGCCAGGGUGGGGCCCGCCCCACCCUGCGCCCCGCCCACCGCAGCCCCCCGAGAGGGCGGUCGCGGGCAUCGGGGCGCAUCUCCUGCGACGGGGCCUGGCGCAGACGGCGGCGACGACAACGACAUGGCGGGCGCUCCCCCAAAACGGGGCGCCCCGCUCCCCUUCCUCCUCAUCCUCCUCUGCCUCCUCCCAGGGUACCUCGGCCAGGUGUCGGCCCCAUCGGGGUGCCAGGGUGGGGGCUGCCCGACGCCCCCCGCCCCGGCGAAGGCGCGGAGCCCCGGCGAGGUGCGGAUGGUGGAGGCCGGCCCCGUGUCCCGCACAGCCACCGUCGGGGACCACCUGAGCCUGGAGUGCCGGUACCAAGCCCCCCGCGACGCCCGCGUCACCUGGUACCAGGUGUGCCCCCACCGCAACUGCAGCCAGGACAGCGUGCCCGUGCUGGACGGCCAGGCCGGCCGCCAGCUGCGGCGGGAGGAAGGCCUCGUCACCCUCACCUUCCUCCGCCUCGCGCACAACGACACCGGGCUCUACUACUGCCGCGUGGAGGCCGGCUGGGCCAGCAGGCAGUCCUGCGGCACCUUCCUGCGGGUGCGCGACCCCAUGGCCGUGCCCUUCCUCAACAUCAAGGAGUCCACCAAGAACCAGAUCAUCACGGCCGAGGGCAUCCUGCUGCUGCUCUGCACCGUGGGGCCCAGCAUCUUCCUCCUCUUUAGGCGGUGGGCCAACGAGCGGCUGCUGCAGAUGAAGAAGAGCGCCUACGAGGAGGAGAACCUCUACGAGGGGCUGAACCUGGACGAGUGCUCCAUGUACGAGGACAUCUCGCGGGGGCUGCAGCCCACCUACCAGGACGUCGGCAGCCUCCACGCCGCCGACGCGCAGCUGGAGAAACCCUGAGGGGGGGGUCCCGCGGGCCCCCCCAGCUCCCCGCGAGGCUUCGCUCCGUUAGCGCCUUCGUCAACGCGAGGCUCCCCCGCCGUCGUCAGCGCGACCCCGCCCCCGGGGGUGGGUGACGACCCCCCCAAUAAAGCUGCCGAGCUGCC